GUUGAUUCACAUUGUGUGUGUGUGUGUGUCAAUCAAACAUAAUACUUUGAUGAUAUUGAUGCCAAUGAGUUUUUUUCUAAACAGGAAACUAAUUCCACGAUACGAAAAAGAAUCUAAAUAUUAUCGAAUAAUUUUUUUUUAUUCAUUUAGCAAUACAAUGAAUUAUUGAUCUCAUUCAUAUAAUUUUGAAUCUUUACAAAUCAUUUAUUAUUCCAUCCAAUAUCUCUCUGUGUACAAUCAUCAUGUCUUGGGAUAAUCUUCAUUAUUUACCAUUGGCUGUAUUUGUAUGUCUUCCAUCCACUUUUAUAAUAUCAUAUGUUAUCGCAAUCUCUUUAAAUCAUGUUGAAGUUCAAUUUCCAUAUAUUAGUGAUACUGGAACACAUGUUCCUGAAUCAAAUAUUUUUGCUCAAUCUUUGAAUAUGGUCUCAGCAUUAGUUGCCAUCACAAUAUAUAUGAGAUUUAAACAUGUUGAACAAUAUUAUCGUGAUGAUCUAACAGUAACAUCGAAUAAAAUAUUCAGACUGAAUCGUUUUGCAUUAUAUUUUGGCAUAUUAUCCGCUAUUGGUUUAUCUGUUGUGGCAAAUUUUCGUGAAAUUGAAUUAUUUAAAAUCCAUUUACUUGGUGCAUUAAUGUCGUUUGGUUUUGGUUCCGUUUAUUGUUGGCUACAAUCAUGGCUUUCAUUUCGUAUGGUACCAUUAGUGAAUACUAAACAAAUGGCAUGGUUUCGUACAAUAUUGUCUGUGAUUAUAACUAUAUCAUUUUUAAUCACCUGUGUUAUGGGCCAAAUAUCCAUUCAUCAUUUUCAUGGCCGUGAUCCAACUAAUUGGCAACCAAAAGAUGGUGGUUAUCGUACCCAUGUAAUUAGUGCUAUUAGUGAAUGGGUUGCUGCUAUGGCUUUAGAUUUUUUUAUUCUAACUUAUACCCGUGAAUUUCAGACAUUUACUGUGUCAACACCAAGAGUGAUGCUUCGUACUGAUGAUUUUGUUGAUCCAUAUCUAUCACAUGGUUCAAGAUAUCCAGUUGAUGCUAGCAUUAAUCCAAUACAAUUUUCGUCUGAUCGUGAACAACAAACAUCGACACCAAUUAUUUAUUAAACAAUUUAAUUAAUUCAAUCAAUCAAUCAA